GGAACCGUGGUAGUGGCGCUGGGUUGAACCAGUAGCAGUUCAAGGAUCCGUUCCAAAAGGCAACUUGGAAGUUCCCUUCAGCUCACUCUGACUAAGUGUCUUGUAGCUGAGUGCUUAAGUGGAGGAAUAGUCGAAGUCUAAACUGAAGUUUUUUUGGAAGCUAGUGUCUCAUCUUGACUACAAUGAAGUAGUGUGAAUUUGAAUUUCAAAAUGAUUGGGACGACACAGAUCCCAUGCCAAUUUGGUAUUGGUUAUGUAUGUGCCAAAGCUUGCUGGGCGUGAGUGUUCAGUCAUCCGAUCUUUGGGAUUCAUUCAGUGACAUUUCGUCGACAAAACUUGUGCCAAAGAGCCCCACGUGACUCGCGAGGAUCCCAGAGUGUCCCUCAACAGUCGUUUUCCAUUACAACGUGUUCCCCGCCCCUAGUGACGUAUCUGUUUUGAGCGAUGCCUUUACUCUCACCUCGCCCCAACCACAAGAUGUCUGCCUCCACUCAAAAAUCCGCCCACUUUUACACGGUUGAAGUUGGUGACGCCCGGUUUACCAUUCUCAAACGUUACCAAAAUCUAAAGCCCAUUGGAUCUGGGGCUCAGGGAAUAGUUUGUGCUGCGUAUGACAGCGUGACCCAACAGAAUGUUGCCAUCAAGAAGCUCAGCCGCCCGUUUCAAAACGUCACGCAUGCCAAAAGGGCCUACAGAGAGUUCAAGCUCAUGAAACUAGUGAAUCACAAGAAUAUAAUCGGCUUACUCAAUGCAUUCACGCCUCAAAAGACACUGGAAGACUUUCUGGACUUGUACAUUGUGAUGGAGUUGAUGGAUGCCAACCUUUGCCAAGUCAUAAACAUGGACCUCGACCAUGAACGCAUGUCGUAUCUCCUCUACCAGAUGCUCUGUGGCAUCAAACAUCUUCAUUUGGCCGGCAUCAUUCAUAGGGACCUAAAGCCGAGCAACAUUGUGGUCCGCUCGGAUUGCACGCUGAAAAUUCUGGACUUCGGAUUGGCCCGGUCCGCGGGUACCUCAUUCAUGAUGACUCCCUACGUGGUAACGCGUUACUACCGCGCUCCGGAGGUCAUCUUGGGGAUGGGGUACAAAGAAAAUGUCGAUAUCUGGUCGGUGGGUUGCAUCAUGGGAGAGAUGAUUCGUGGAGGGGUCCUCUUUCCUGGCACGGAUCACAUUGAUCAGUGGAACAAAAUUAUCGAGCAACUUGGAACUCCCUCAGUGGAGUUUAUGCGCCGUCUCCAGCCUACUGUCAGAAGCUACGUGGAGAAUAGGCCACGCUAUGCCGGCUACUCUUUCGAAAGGCUCUUCCCCGACGUUCUCUUUCCCGCUGAAUCGUCAGAUGCCAACAGGCUAAGGGCGAGUCAGGCCCGAGAUCUCUUGUCUAAAAUGCUAGUGAUUGACCCUCAACAAAGGAUCAAUGUCAAUGAUGCCCUCAUGCAUCCAUAUAUCAACGUGUGGUUCGACGAGAGUGAAGUCAACGCGCCUCCUCCAGGAGCUUGGGAUCAGAGUGUGGAUGAUCGUGAGCACACUGUGGAGCAAUGGAAGGAGCUCAUUUACCAAGAGGUGAUUGACUAUGAGCGCACGCACAAUACCCUCGGCCCAGGUGGGCGAGGGGCCGCAGGGGGUGGAGGCGCCAAUAGCAGUGGGUCAUCAGCUGCAGCGGGUAACGCUUCAGGAGUGGUGGGUGGAAAAGAGGGUUCAACGGGUGGCAGUUCUACCACUGGCAGUGCUCAAGAUGAUGAUUCAAUGCAAUAUUCAAGUAAUUCCGCCAGCUCAGCUACAGCCUCUGCUGCUGCAUCAGGAGCCUCCCGCAGAUGAUGAGACAACUUAGGCCGACCUCUCUCAGUAACAGAGGAACAUCCAACAUACCUAUAUAAGCAAACUGCUAACACAUCCUAAGUUAACCCAAACCUCCGACUCUUGCUACUACUACUACUACACUACUAUUACUACAACUACUACUACUACCAUUACAACUAUGAUUGAUAUUGCUCUCAUCAUUAUCAUUAUGACAGCAAUGAUUAUUAUUAUCAUUAUUAUUAUUAUCAUCAUCAUAAUUAUUACUACUUUUAUUGCUAUUGCUAUUAACAAUACUUCAAGUACCAUGAUAAUGAUGAUUAUUGUCACACCUUACAAGUACCAGUUAUGAAAGAGUGCAACAACCCUCCAAAUGAGAAAGCUGAACACUGAAGGAGAUUCCUUGGUGUUACCCUUGACCUUUGACCCCUGACCCCCAAGAAGUUAGACAUUCAUGCAUUUUACCUAUCAUUUCAACACUGUUUGCCACUUAGGCCGCCAUCACAUGGUAUGAAGUAAAAAGAUGAAAAGCAAAUAAAAAGCUAACGAAUGCUUCACAAA